CGGCGCCUGCGCCUUUAAGAAAACGGGAAGCGGCACGGCGCAGACAAGCAGGAAGAGCGCGCCGCACGCGGAGCGGCGGGGCCGCGCAUGUCAUACUUCUAAUGCGGGGGCACACCGGAGAUCUGCUCCACUCGCAUCCUGACCUGCGAUCCCGCAAGAUCAACCCGCAUAGCCGAAAAGCCGGGUCGGAGGCGGCUGCCAGAGGGACAGAGCUGCUGGCGGUUUGAGAAGGUAGCGGCAGCCGGCGGGUGGAGAGCGCAUUCAGCGGGGGAGCGGGGCGACGCGCAGCGCUGCCGCAGGAGCCAUGAGAGAGUACAAAGUAGUGGUGCUGGGCUCCGGCGGAGUCGGCAAAUCGGCGCUCACCGUCCAGUUCGUGACGGGCUCCUUCAUCGAGAAAUACGACCCCACGAUAGAAGACUUCUACAGGAAGGAGAUCGAGGUGGAUUCAUCGCCCUCCGUGCUGGAAAUCCUGGACACGGCGGGGACGGAGCAGUUCGCCUCCAUGCGAGACCUGUAUAUCAAGAACGGCCAGGGCUUCAUCCUGGUCUACAGCCUGGUGAACCAGCAGAGCUUCCAGGACAUCAAGCCCAUGCGGGAUCAGAUCAUACGGGUGAAGAGGUACGAGCGGGUGCCCAUGAUCCUGGUGGGGAACAAGGUGGAUCUGGAGGGCGAGAGGGAAGUCUCGGCGGGCGAAGGCAAAGCACUGGCGGACGAGUGGAACUGCCCCUUCAUGGAGACCUCGGCCAAGAACAAGGGCUCGGUCGACGAGCUGUUCGCCGAGAUCGUUCGGCAGAUGAACUACGCCUCGACGCCCAACGGCGACGACCGCUGCUGCGCUGCCUGCGUCCUCCUGUAAACGCCGGUAAAGUUGGCGGCGGAGACGGAGGGGCUCGCCGGACUCAGAAGGGAGACGGCGCCGUGGGCGUCGGAGGGCGUCCCGUCGCCCCUGCACACUUCGGCGGGGGGACGCGCAGCCCACAAUCCCGCUGUUUACACGCUGAAUACUUGAAUGUCCUGGAAUUUGGGAAAUAAGACGAGUUUCGGCGGACGCCCGCGUUGUGUCGCCCGGGGCAGCGCGGCCCGUGUUGCCGCUGUUAUAUUUUAAUUUCAUCAGGUUCUUUUAGUUGUAUAAUUAUUUUUGAAAGUGUAUUGCAAAGGGGGGUUCGGUUGGGUCCUGCGCCGCACCCUCCGGCCUGGGACGGGUCGAGGGAUCUUUUAAAGGGGAAGGGGGCCGGAUCGGGACGGUCCGGUCCGCCGAACCCCGUGAGCGGCGGGAUAGAGCAUCCCUGUUCCAGCCCGAACCGAAGUGGGUACUUUGAGAAAUGCCAUGAAAAUGUUAAACUUCUGCAUACGGUUUCGGGUGGGAGGACGGAAGAGGAGGGUGUAUCUUCCCAGCGCGUUAGCCGUGAAACCCGCUUCAGCUUGAGUGCCACCCGGACCCGAGAAGCGACGCGGGGACGCCGACCGGGACCGGCCCGCAUGCAGUGCCUUUCAGACCCGCCUCCCGUCCAGUGCCAAUCUCGGAGCCCCUACACCAAUCUCAUCAUACGGCAAUCCUCGAAGUACUUAACUGUUUCACUUUCGUUAAUUUCACGGACGUCGGAGACAGGACAAAAUAGCUCUUUGUUAAUACAAGGCAUUUUUCCCUCGUUAAUUUUGGUUUUUGAAAUGCAGGUUAUGACGGGUUGUAAUUGUAAUUAGAUUUACAGGUACUUGGAAACCCUCUGACUUCACCAAACCACGCCUAUUUCCCCGGCCAGUUGAAGCAAAGAUUUUUUUCCUCGUCAUGUUUGUUUUUAACAAAAAUGUGGAUGGUGUAUUAUUGAAAUUCUAACCCGAUUGUAAUUCUAAUUUCAGACCAGCGUUUUAACAGCUGUUUGUCUGUUUUAAGACUUUUAAUACAAAUUGCAUUUUUAAAAAAAAAAA